CCGCGCAUUUUAUUUUCCUCAAAUCAAAUCGAAAGAUUGAAUACAAUCUGGAAUGAAGAAGAAAACUAAGAUGUGGGCUAAAACCCUGACGAGGGUUUUGUAAGAAAAGCAAACGGAAACGAAAAUCGCGCGGCAGACAGUCCCCGUCUCCUCCUUUCCAAUGGCGAGAUCGGCCCCUCAUUUCUUCAAAGUCUUCCUUCCCGACCUCCUAUCCCAACACCUGGAAAUCCCACCUGCAUUUCGGAAGCACCUUGAGAAUGAAUCUCCUGGAAUGGUCUCUUUAAAAGGUCCAGGUGGCAGCAUAUGGAAUGCAGAAUUGGUGGAGAACUCUCAGGGAUUUAGACUUGAGAGCGGGUGGAAAGAAUUUGUUGCAGAUCAUUCUCUGGCUGCUGGUGACUUCUUGGUUUUCCAGUAUGACGGGCGCCUGCGAUUCUCAGUUUUGGUUUUUGAUUCAACUGCAUGCGACAAGGAGGCAGCCUUUUCUGCUCGCCGACCCCAAUGUGAUGUCAUUGUCACCAUCGAGAGUAGUACAGAGGAACAGGAAAAGGAAGAGGAGGGGGAGACCGUGUUAGAGGACACUCAGGCUGCUGAUUCUUCGCAAAAUGAUAGCUUAGGGGUCAAUUCAAAGAAGAGAAUAGGAGUGAGUGAUUCCUUCAAAAAUCUCCCACCAUUGAAGAAGAACUGUAACACUUUAAGCAGGUCGGCUUCAAAGGGAUCUGUUGAUUGCUUCGGUAAGUCGAAGAAGACAAAAACGAUCACAAGUCUCCUCGCUUGUAGCAGCCCACACUUUGGACCUUUAUCUCUCGAAGGAAAUUCGUUGGCCAAUGCAAACCACUUGAAGGAGGUCCCUUUACCGUCAUCUGCACAAAAUGCAAGUCAAGUUGCUCCAAGAGAACGCGAUGUCAUGUCGUUGGCUUGGGACAACUUGCAAAAUUUAAUUGUGAGAAAGGCUAACUCCACACCAGAGGAGGACAAUGCUCCUUAUUCACAAACAUCAACGCCACACUCAUCAAGCAAGAAGCAAGUCAAUUUCAAUGAAAUGGACUCCUCUGAAACAACAAUCAAGUCUUCGAAAUCCUUGAAAUUAAUAAACUACGGACAUGUACGUCGACGAGGGGAGGCUGUGGCAAAGGUCCAAAAAAUGCCAUCACUAAUAUCGCAACGAAGGCCUGUCACACAAGAGGAAGUGGAUAGAGCUCUUGAAAGGGCGAAGUUAUUUAAAUCAAAGAAUCCUUCCACUCUCAUAGUAAUGCAGGAUUCCUAUGUUUAUAGCAGCUUUUUCAUGAAUAUGCCACGCCAUUUUGCUAGAGAACAUCUUCCGAAGAUAAACAGAAAGAUUACACUGUGGGAUCCACAGGGGAAUCCGUGGGAAAUCAGCUUUGUGUGCUAUAAUACCCACUGUUCUCUCAGUGGCGGUUGGGGCGCCUUCUCUUUCGCCAACAAUUUGGAAAAGUAUGACGUUUGCGUCUUUGAGCUUGUGAGAAAAAACAAUUUGAAAGUACAUAUUUUUAGGGUGGUUGAGAGUAUUGCACCGUUGAUCCGCCGUUCCCAAUUGAGAGAUUGAAACAGUUAACAUUCUUUUCAAGGCCAUAAAAAAGUGUACAGUUUCGACGAUUCAACUAUUUUCUUUCUAACAUUCAAAAUGGUCGGAACAUUCAGUGUUGUAUUGUCUUUGCAUCUAUUCUGUGCUGUUGUUGUGUAGAUGUGCAAAUUUUCUUUUCUUAUUGAAGAGACUAUUUAUAUUUUCCGA